GUUCAAGUUAGGUCGUGUAUUGUGUAAGCUGUAAAAUUAAUUAUUUUUUAGAUGAUUGUGUAAAAUCGUGUUUUUGAUAUUUUCACAACAUUUCGUCUCCAUCUGUCGUUGUUUUUAGAUUAAAAUAAAUUUAAGUUAAUCACCUUCAUGGCUGCUAUAUUGAAUGAAGAAAACGCCGAAAUAGAUUGGGGUAACGAGCGAUUAAGUCGAGCUCAACGUGCCGUCGAAGCAAAUGUUUAUGAUGUUGAUUCCUGGUCUUUGCUCAUCCGCGAAGCGCAGACCCGGCCCAUCGAUGAAGUUAGAACUAUGUACGAAAAACUCAUCACAUCAUUUUCAACCACGGGUCGAUUUUGGAAGAUAUACAUUGAACAAGAGAUGAAGGCUAGAAACUUUGAAAAAGUGGAAAAGUUGUUCCAGCGAUGCCUGAUGAAGAUCCUCAACAUUGAGCUGUGGAGGCUGUAUCUCAACUACGUGAAGGAAACCAAGUGCAUGCUGCCCACGUAUAAAGAGAAAAUGGCGCAGGCUUAUGACUUCGCUCUAGAUAAAAUUGGUCUCGACAUCCACGCGUACCCGAUUUGGAACGACUAUGUCACAUUCCUGAAGUCUGUGGACGCUGUCGGCUCCUACGCGGAGAACCAGAAGAUAUCAGCUGUCCGGAAGGUAUACCAAAGGGCUGUUAUAACUCCCAUUAUAGGAAUUGAAACGCUAUGGAAGGACUACAUUGCUUUUGAACAAGGAAUUAAUGUUAUAAUAGCUGAGCGCAUGGCGAUGGAACGUUCCAGAGACUACAUGAACGCAAGAAGAGUCUCAAAAGAGCUGGAGACUGUGACCAGAGGACUUAACAGGAACAUGCCGGCGACCCCACCUACCGCCGACAGGGAGGAAAUGAAACAGGUGGACCUGUGGAAGAAGUACAUCAGCUGGGAGCGGUCGAACCCGCUGCGGUCGGAGGACACGGCGCUCGUGGCCCGCCGCGUCAUGUUCGCCAUCGAGCAGUGUCUCCUGUGUCUGGCGCACCACCCCGACGUGUGGCACCAGGCGGCGCAGUUCCUGGACCACUCCGCCAAGCUCCUGCAGGAGAAGGGGGAUUCGAACGCAGCCAAGAUGUUCUCUGACGAGGCGGCGGCCGUCUAUGAACGUGCCACCAGCGGACCUCUCAAACACUCCACUCUGUUACACUUCGCGCACGCCGACUACGAGGAGAGCCGGCUGCACUACAACAAGGUACAUCAAGUAUACACGCGGUACCUAGACAUGGAGGACAUCGAACCCACGCUAGCCUACGUCCAGUACAUGAAGUUCGCGCGCCGAGCCGAAGGUAUCAAGUCAGCUAGGACUGUCUUCAAACGUGCCAGAGAGGAUCCUAGAUCCCGGUACCACGUGUUUGUGGCUGCCGCCCUCAUGGAGUACUACUGCUCCAAGGACAAGAACAUCGCGUUCAGGAUCUUCGAGCUGGGGCUCAAGAAGUUCUCUCACAUUCCCGAGUACGUCCUGUGCUACAUCGACUACCUGUCACAUCUCAACGAGGACAAUAACACUCGCGUACUGUUCGAGCGUGUCCUGUCUUCCGGCAGCCUCACUCCGGAGAGUUCGGUGGACAUCUGGAACAGAUUCCUGGAAUUUGAGUCAAACAUCGGAGACCUGGUCAGCAUCGUCAAAGUGGAGAAGCGGCGUCAGGCCGUGCUCGAGAAGAUCAAAGAGUUCGAAGGCAAGGAGACAGCACAGCUGGUGGACAGAUACAAGUUCCUGGACCUGUAUCCAUGUGGAAUCGCGGAGCUUAAGUCCAUCGGAUACACGGAGGUAGCCCGGAUGUCUAACAAGUCUUGGGCGCUAGGUGGUCCCCUGGCCGGGGUGUCACCUGAACUAGCAGCCGUCAUAUUAGGACACAAGGACAACGACCCAAGCAAGGACAUCGCGCGUCCCGACACCAACCAGAUGAUCCCUUACAAGCCCAAGUGCAACCCCCUGCCCGGAGAACACCCCAUACCCGGCGGCACGUUCCCGAUGCCCCCCGCGGCGGCGCACGUGUGCACCCUAAUGCCACCGCCAUCUUGUUUCCGCGGGCCGUUCGUGGCCGUGGACGCGCUGGUCGCCAUGUUCAACCGGAUCUCGCUGCCCGACAAACCGGCCCCCCCGGCCCAGGAGAACGGCUGCGACUCCAAGCUGUUCGACCUGGCACGUUCCGUGCACUGGAUCGUGGACGACGACGGACUUACCACCGUCUCCAGCAAGGCGCGGCGGCGGAAGGCGGGUGAUGACUCUGAUGAUGAUGAUCUGGGUGUGGCGCCGCCCGUCAACGACAUCUACCGGCAGAGGCAGCAGAAGAGGAUCAAGUAGAGAAGAAGUGCAAGAAUUUAACACGAAUAAUGGAACAUAAUACGAGGAUAACAAAGAAUUUUAUAUUUAUAAACAAGUUUUGUCCGAGAUUGUCUUAAUACGUUGUAUUAUUAGUUUGUAAUGUCAAACAACUAAGUAUGAAACCCUAAUUUUAUGAAGAUGUGAUUUUAGUUUGUGUAAAAUAUCCAUGUUUUUGCUAAGGAUAAGGAGUAAAUAUUUUUGAUGACUAGAUAAUAAUUGAAAUGAAUGUAUGAAUGAACUCGUGAGAUUUUUUAUUAAAAAGUAAUGAAAAA